AUGCAGCCAUCCAUGUUGGCGCAUGACGGGAAAAACGCGCCACGAAAUUCCCUUUCAUCGUCUUCUUCAUUUAAGACCGUUUCGUCUUCCGCCUCUUUAGGCGAUGACGUUGGAAGAAUGGGCAUGCUUUUUAAAACUGAGGCGCUGCAAACAUUGUUUCAAGAUGUGGAGCCCACGAAUGAGCCCGUUGCGCCAAGGCAGCCGGGUGUCUUGCAGAUUCAAUAUUCAAGGGCCUUUGACUACGUUAUGGGCCUAUAUCGAACAAUGAGCGCGAAAUUUAGUGGCAUUGGCUCCCCUUCGUCAGCGAGGUGGUUUCUUCUGACAGCAUUCGUGCUAUGCCAAUGCAAUGGACACUACACUGGGUGGAAGGACCGCCGUGACGUUGUCUUGGAAUCCGCGCGCCUCCUAAGCUCAACGCGGGAGGAUUUACUGGUGGAAUGGGGGACUAAGGAAGAGAACUGUGCCGGGAACGGAGAACGUUUGGAGGAACUCAUGCCCCUUGUGGAGAAUUGGCUGCCGGCGGAGGCGGAACUAAAAGGGCCUACCGGAUCGUUUAGCGAGUGGCGGGCGGUACGGUGGGAAUUAAACGCCGUCAAGUGCUUUAACUUGAAAAAUCAUAAAAACUUCCAGGUGUGGCAUCACCGAAAGGAACUGCUCCUAGAAGCCCUUGCACGUACCGAUUCUCCGUCCCGCACGUCGGAUCUCGCUUCCAUGGGCCUUUUCGAUAAAUAUCUAAUUGAACAUCAUGACGUUCAUUUCAGGGAUAUUGAUGAGCGGUCUCUUUGCAAUGAGGUAUUAAAUAUGGACCAUAAAAACUAUCAUGUGUGGUUGCAUCGAUCGUGGUUUGUGCACGCCUUUUAUUUUCUUGUCCAGCCCCCAUCGUGGACGGCGCUGUUGAAUAACUACGCCGCAAGUGCCGACCAGCGUGAGAAGAGCACAGCACCUCUGCGACAAUUUGUGGUGCAAGAACAGUGGGAAGAAUACUGCCUGGAAUCCAAUAUUCCUUCGUGCGGUUUGAAAGACGAGCUAGGGUAUACUGCGGUACUCAUAAGAGAUGAUAACCUCAACAACUCCGCGUGGUGUCACCGUUUCUACCUGUUUGACCACGAUCUUAUUGGUGUUUUGUUGCAAACGAGUUCACAGCACCAACCGAAUGAUGUGGAGAAGGUGUUGCGUGAGUUAUGCCUUGAUGAAAUGCAUUAUGCGUUGCAGUGGUGUGUUUAUGAGCCAUGUAACGAGUCUUCAUUUGUUCACGCCCGGGGUGUUGCGAACGUUCAUCAAUCCGCAGCACUUCGGCUUUAUCUUUCCCGUGAUGCAACAGGAGCAUAUCAUAAUUGCCUUGCUGACAAGGGACCGAUUUCCUCCAUGGAACCUUUACCCUCGCAUUACAUGUGCUUGAAGGAAAAAGUGCCAUGGGAUGUGUUUCUAGCAACAUUUUCCCUCAUGCAGCAGCAACUUUGUGUGCUGAGGGAAAAUGUCGCUCCGCGUGCCGAAGAACUCCGCAGCAGGGCGUCUGCGUCAGACAAUGCAACGGUGCGGAUGCUUCACAAUUGUCGUUCCCAGUUUUUACUUGACAAUGUGUACCAGGUGUAUGCAGCGCUGUAUCACGGCCUAUUCGUGUUGCUCGAGCACCUCUGGCGUUGUUACUUCACAGAGGCGGAGAGAAGAUGGGUGAAUGAGGUGCUGCCGCCCGAGACGUACGCAGAGGGGACCGAAGCAGCGGUCGGAGUAAUAAAGACGCAGCAGCUGGAAUAUUGCGUCCGAUUUUUCUUGGAGCAUGAAGUGCAGGCGAUGGAGCUGGCGCGGCGCCUGGUGGUAGAAGAUUCCAUCCGGUCAAAGUACUGGAAGAAUGAAAUAAAGAUUGUCAUGCAUAGGGACUACAUCUAA